AUGCCCCCCCUUGGAUUCAAGUUCUCGCUUGAAGAAAAGUACGAACUUGGCCCGGCCCUCCCGAGGUCUUACUUCAACAUCCUGCAGCAGUGGAACCUUCCACACACGAUUGUCUUUGACUGGCCGGAGCCAGACCAUAUCUUCUUCAAAGAGAUUGCUGGAAUGCGAAAGAGCACAUACAUAUCAAUUCUGGAACAGAAUUCAGGAGAGUUUUGGGAGCUCCAUCUGAAACCGACCAAAGAACGCACUAAUAUCCUGGGCUAUUUAUGUCGAGGCUCAGAUAUACAGCGCGAUAUCCAAAGCCGAGCCGAGGCGCUCUUGAGGGGCCGAAAGCUGCCGCUCGUGCUCGAUCUGGACGACACCCUUGUUCGAGUUGUCGGAAAUGAGCCAGGCCGAUACGUCUCCGAGGCGGAUGCACAAACGGUUCCACAACGAGUCGUUCAGCUGAAGGAUGGUCGCCGAGUCGUGCUGGCAGACCGUGUCCACGAGUUCCUUGAAUGGGCGCAAAGGCUCUUUGAGAUCUCAGUCUGCUCGCUUGGGGACCAGUCAUACGUCGAUAUGGUGGUCCAGGUGCUAGAUCCCCAUCGGACGCGAAUCCGCGGCAUUUUGUACUCUGCCCGAGCCGAGUACGUCCACAUCCAAGGCAGCUCAAACCAGAAGCGUCCUCCCAAAGACUUGCUUUCCCUCUUUGCGUACUGCUCGCCUCCGCUCGUCCGCAUCGAGUCCGACCGCAGCCUGGUGAUGCCCGUGGAGCCUCUCAUUGUGGACGACAACAGCGCAAUGUGGCCGCCUGAACAGCGAGAUAACAUCAUCGUUGUUCGCGAAAUGAAAAACUCGCCCGUUUGGAAUGUGUCGCUCUUUGGAGUCGUCGACAACGUCCUGUCGUCGGUCUACAACGAGUUCUUCAAACAGUACGAUGUCUGGAUGCAGCUCCAAAAGAACGAGGACACCAACAGCACGCCGCCGCCUUCAGUUGUUAGCUGCUACAAGGAAUACCUUCGAUACGAACUGAGCAUGAAGAUUGCGACAUGA